AUGAGAUCGGACAAUGGAUGUGUGUGGGCGCACACACCUGCACCUCGCAGUGGCCCCGACCGACGACCAAGAGAUGGCUUCGACCUGAUUGGCGCCAUCAAGCCAGGCCGACUCCCUUGCGUGCAUGAUAUCGCAGCCACUGCUAUAAAUAGACGGUUAGACUUUGCCGAAAAGCCUACUUCUGUCCUGCCAUUGGCCCAGGCGGACAUGCAGCUCCCCAAUAGAGUCGACGUCGCCCAAGGCCAAGAGCCCGAGUGCGCUACCAGAGUGGCGGACAAAAUCAACAAGAACCUACGGGAUACUUGCACAUACAUCAAGGGACAGUCGGUCAAGGCCAGUUCGACUACGGUUCUCGAUCCAAUGCGACCAAUGCGACUCUACUAUGUACUUCUUCUGUCACUCUCCAGCCGGUUCGGCGACCCAGCCCAAUCAGGCCAGGCACGGGCCAAAUAA